GUUCCAAUGUUCCAUGUAGAAGUAGAAGGAGAGUGGGAGAAACAUACUUCUUUGAGAAAAGGUUCCCGUCCAACUGGAUAGUUGGUUUAGGAAGAGUUGAAGUACAACACCGAAUGGAAUUUCCUCACCGUGACAUUUGUUUCCUAAUCCAAAAAUGGCAAUCCAAAAUUUGGAAUGCUUUAACCUUUUCAAGGAUCGGUUUCCGGAAAAGAUUGCACGAUGUGAAUCGGAGUGCGCUGUACUGUGUCUCCCCAAAGUGAAUACCUUUCAUCCAGAAGAAAUAACUGAGGAAUUUGUGGACUUACAUAUUUUGAAGCAACAGAGCGACGAAGGCUGGUUCCAAUCGAUCAACCCAAGAUUGAAUCUCAUCGUCGAGAGAGACACCAACCAUUUGAAACUCCUCUCGGCCCCAAAUUACGCCCCAUCUUUCCAAAAAGGGUUACGUCGGGUUCGGAUUGUGAGCGCUUCAUUCGGAGUCAAUAAGGCCUUUCAGCAAUAUAGAAUGUUCGCCUUGGACCGCCCACUUAUUCCCAAAUACACUCGAGCCAACUUAAUCUCAGACACGACCACCGAUUCCGGGAAUCCCUCCACUAGCUCCUCUCGAACCUCGUCCUGCUUCUCCACUCAUGGUGGAACGGCCCCUCCUUCGACUGUUUCCACGCGUUUUUCUAGUGCCAAUAGUGGCCGGCCUUACUCGACCACAGAACGGCGAGUGUCAAUCACAUCAACAAGCUCACGAUCCAACCGGAGCAAGUCUCAAUCGGGCGUGAAGAAGGUCCAAUCUCAAGAUUCUUCACGCCAAUCGUCGGCUGAUUCUGGAUUUAGUGGUGAUGCUGACGCAGGCUCCAAAUACCUUCUCCCGCCCAGAAUCACUUACUAUAAUGAAUCAGAGUGUUACUUGAUGAGCUUGCCGCGAUGCGAGCAAUUCGUCACUCACUUGGCUCGCAAUCUCAGGCCAAUGCUCGAGGAGCUUCGUUUUUCAUCCGACAGAGAUGCCAAGGAGAGGAUCCACAAGUUUGCCCCUAAACUUCAUCGUUUGGCUCAAGAGCAAGUGAUUGCAUUCCCAAGGUCGGCGAGUAUGAUGAACAACAGUCCCCGAUUUCAAGAGUUCCUUCGACUGGCAGUCGAAAACGUGGUAAUGAGAUUCGUUCAUGAUCGCGUUUUCCCCGUGAUUUGCCAUUUGUCAAAGCGAGAAGAUCGAGAUUUGAGUGCGGCUGCUGCAGCCUUGUUUCAUUCAGAUUUCUCCACCGAUCAGUUGGGACUUCCCGAGGACUUUUGCGUCCCACUUCCGGCUGCGGUGGUCGAAAUGGCCAGUUUAGACAUGAGGACCACUCCGUUAGAUAAGCUGACUUGUCUUUACGACACUGUCCAACAGAUUAAUGUGCAUAUCAGAGAAGCCGUCAUAGACGCUCGAGCAGACACGGAAAUCGUCACAGAUGAAUUGCCCUCGCCUAAUGACCACGACAUGGUGUUGCUGCUGACGACUGUGAUCAUUCGGGCACGACCGAUGCAUCUCAUGUCCACUUUGGAUUACGCAGAUCUUUACGCCUGGGCAGUUCCAAUCGACAUCAUAGAGGUGGUCAAGCUCGUGAGCUCAGCCGCCGAACUUGUCCACAAUAUUCAGCCGAAGACUCUCCAACCAUCCAAUGGCAAAUUAAAACGUGAAGUCAGUAUGGAAGAAAUCAUCCAGCUAACGGAUGAAUUGUCAAAUAGCUUUGAUCGUCGCGGAAAGCGGUUGGAGCCUUUAAAAUCGGCAUUGGAUCUUCAUCGAGAGCGUUUCACCCAACGUUUAGAGCAGAGCACGGAAGAUCGUUUAAAGAAACAAGAAGCCGCUUGGGCCCGGUUGGAUCGGUGUCCCACGCCCAACACCAACAAGCAGCCGAAUGGUCGGUUCCGGAGGGGUUUGCUGGCAAGCAUCCAUACCAAACUGAUAUGUUCUACAGAUCCUCCGGUGGAAGUGGUUGAUCGUCGCAAUUAGGCCAAUCGGUGCAAGUUUUUGCAUGGCUUUAUCAGACUUGAACCAACUGAAUCGUUUUGUUCAAGCAGACUUCCCAUCAACAAUCGUUCUGUUGACACAAAAUUAUCUGUCAUUGAAUUCCGACCAAGGGUUUGUAUGGCGCAAUUGUUCAUACCGUUAUGAAAGGACUAAGAGUAACGCUGAAGAUAUUUAUUUAGAAUAUUACAAAAGUGCAGUCAUGUUUAUUUUUGUAUUUGUUACAUCCUGAAUAAAUAAAUUUGAAGCAUU